CGCGCGCCCGUCAGUUCUUCGACGCCGCGUCCUCAACCAACGAGUUCUUCCGCGAAUAUCAUGGCCGCUAUCGCGUCCACCGCGUCGGUCGCCCGCGUGGUGGCCGCGCGCGCUGGGAAAGCCCCUAAGCGCGCCGCGAAGGCGUCGCUUCCGGUGUCGACGCGACGCGCCGCGAAGAUUGUCGCGAACGCGGACGCUAGCAUGGGUGGCGUCGCCGGUUUCGGCGAUCCCCUCCCCGCUUCGGCCCCGAUGCCCCCUCAGCAGGUCUUCAACGCCGCGUCCAUCAAGGUUGUCGGCGUCGGCGGUGGCGGUUCCAACGCCGUGAACCGCAUGGUCGGCAGCGACAUCGGCGGCGUCGAGUUCUGGAUCGUCAACACGGACGCGCAGGCCAUGGCCACCGCGGCGGUGAACGACGCGUGCCACAUCCAAAUCGGCAGGGAGGUGACGCGCGGUUUGGGCGCCGGCGGCAACCCCGAGAUCGGCCAGAAAGCCGCGGAGGAAUCGAGGCAAGCGAUCGAGGCCGCGCUCGCGGGCUCGGACAUGGUGUUCGUCACCGCGGGCAUGGGCGGUGGCACCGGCUCCGGGGCUGCGCCCGUCGUCGCCGGCGUCGCGAAAGCCGCGGGGAUCCUCACCGUCGGCAUCGUCACGAUGCCGUUCAAGUUCGAAGGCCGUCAACGGUAUAACCAAGCCAUGGACGCGGUCGAACGCCUGAGGAGGAACGUGGACACGCUCAUCGUGAUCCCGAACGACCGCCUUCUGUCCGCGGUGGACACGUCUCUGCCCGUGCAGGACGCGUUCCUUCUCGCGGAUGAUAUCCUGCGCCAAGGCGUGCGCGGCAUCUGCGACAUCAUCACCCUGCCCGGUCUCAUCAACGUCGAUUUCGCGGACGUCCGCGCGGUCAUGGCGGACGCCGGGUCGUCGCUCAUGGGUAUCGGCCGCGCCACGGGUAAGAACCGCGCGCGCGAGGCUGCGGCCGCGGCGAUCUCGUCCCCGCUCCUCGACCUCGGCAUCGAUCGCGCGACCGGCAUCGUGUGGAACAUCACGGGGAGCAAAGAUCUCACGCUCCACGAGGUGAACGAAGCCGCGGAGGUGAUUUACGAGCUCGUGGACCCGUCCGCGCUCAUCAUCUUCGGUGCGGUCGUGAACCCGGCGAUCAAGCUCGCGGAGGGCGAGGUUGCGAUCACGCUCAUCGCGACCGGUUUCCAGCCCUCCGCUAACCCGCAGGCGGGGCAAGGGCAGGUGAGGGGGCAACCGCAGCAGCAGGGCGGCCAGCCCGUCAUGGGAUGGGGCUCUCCGCAGGGUGGGCCUCCCCCCCCGCCGCCUCCCCGCGGGGGUGGUGGCGGCGGCAGCAGCGGCAUCCCGUCUUUCCUGAAGAGGCGCAUGGGUCGCUAAGCAGCGACGCGCAUGAAGAGAGUCUAACGAUACGAGCGAGGAGGUGAUGAGCGAUAUGUUUUAAUGUCGUCGCGCGAGCUGCCGAGAGUGAGGCGUUCUAUAGAAAAACCUUUGUCAAUUUCGAAGCAAGACGAACAUUACGUA